CCCUCCCCCCCCCUGCACCUAUCCUUGUCUUCGCGUACCUACCUAUCAAUUGCGGUCUGGUUUAUUAUGGUGCCGACUUUAGUGUCGAUCUCUGGAGCUCAUGGUUUGUAGCAGUAGUUGUGGACGAUUGAGUUGAUGGGCACCUCCGCGGCGGCGAUGCUUAUUGUGUCGGCAGAGAAGAUCUGAUUCAGUCGCGGAUUUUCUUUGUGUUUGUGUGUGUUUUUGUAUCGGUGUGGUCUGGAUUCCGGAUGGACGACGUCGGACGCUGAGGGAGUGCUUUCUUACCGAUUAAUUCUUCCCCGUCGUUGUUGCGAGCUCCGAGGGGUGUUGUUGCGUGAGUUUUGUUCGAAGGAAGCUCUGUUUGAAGUAACGGCUCUUGCCUUCGGACCUCUCUGCUCCUGGGUGUGUGUGGUAGACAGCGUGUGGGAAUAGUAGAUGGUGAGGAAGUCCGGGAGAGGGGUGGAGGUGGGUCAUGGGGAGUCGUGCUUUGGUGGGGCGUGAGAGAGUGGGUGUUCGCGAGGUGGUGUGGACGACAGCGAGCUUGGAGUCGUAGUUGCGAAAGUAUGCUGCGAGUCUCGGGUGUUGAGUUCGCGGCUUGUGCUCUUGAUGGGUGAUGUCGGCGUUUUGGUCAGUUAAAUCUGUGCGUGGCGAUCGUUGGAAGGAAGGCCAGGUCUCGCAUUGUCUCUCCCAGGGUGGCUAGAAGUUAGAAGGUCAUGGAGAGUCCUCGUCGGUCAAGUUUGGAUAUCCAUGAACAAUGUAAGAGUGAAGAAGAAGAGGCGAAGCGAUGGAUGGAUCGAGCCAGCAGAUACCUUACUGAGGGCCGCUUCGAGAGUGCCAUUCGUCUUCUAGAGAAGACUGAAAACGUCUUCCCUAAUUGUAAAAAUCUUCCGGAGCUCAUGGCAGUCACACAAGUUUGCUACGCAGCCACAUGGCGCGCAUGCCAUUGCAAUCGCUCUUACACUCGGAAGCUCCCCGAUUGGUACCACGUCCUGAAGGUUGAUGAGAGGGCGGACUUUGACGCUGUAAAGAAGCGAUAUCGACAGUUGGCCUUGUUGCUUCAUCCUGAUAAGAACAAACAUCCCAAUUCCGAGGCAGCUUUCAAAAUUAUCACUGAGGCAUAUGCAUGCUUGUCCGACAAAGGAAAGCGUGACCUCUUCAAUUUGGAAAGAAGGCGAACCUUUUGCUCGAUAUGCAAUUUAAAAGCGCAAAUGCACGCGACCAGUCACACGUCAAGACCUGUUAUUACGGUACGAACUCCUCAGACACCAAAGUUCAACACCAAAUUCGCGUCCCGCAUGAACUGGGAGUCUGAAAAUCUUCAAAAUCUCCGUGAGAGGGCGAAAACUACAUCCAACAACCUAGAGCGGGAUUGGGGUAGCAAGACCUCCAAGUGGAUACAUCAACUUGCCAGUGCGCGACAUAAAUAUUGGAACCCAUCUGGAUCACCCUUAAAAUGUGAUCCCAGAACUCCAGGCCAGGGUCAGGAUUAUGCACCCAGAUCCAAGCUACCUCGAUCUCCAAUGUCGCCGGUACAUCCCACUCCGAGGUCAACGCCAGACUGUAGGCGAAACUCGAAUGCUUUUGAAGUACGGAGAUCGUCCACUAGUGACGUAAAUAACGAAAGAACUGAUAAGCUGGAGGAUAGUUUAGACCUGCUGUUGAAAAGGCUUCGAGUAGAGAAUUCUGCUGCAGCCAAAGAAACUCCUUUGAUGGGAGAGUUUUGUGUACAUACGAGAACGCCAGAAGCUGGGCACUUGCUGAGACCUCUAGGUGCUAGAAGAGAAAUGAGAAGUUCAUGGGUGGAUCAAAAAUGCUCAGUAAACCUUGACGCCGGACCGGGAUAUGCUAUGUGCCUGCCAAAGGGUCGAUGCUUGACGAAGAAGGACCCAUUCAGCCCAUCUGUUGCCGGAAAACAUCCUACAGUGCAUGUGGACCGAGCAUUUCGUAGCACGUCCGUUCUGGGGAAGAAGGACAAUAGCACGCCGAAGCCUGUAUCGCAGUCCUCAGAAGUGGAAUUUUCAACACCAGGACAAUCCUCAUCGUUGAGAUUUGAGAAGCUUCACCAAUCGACUAAGGAGGAUUCUAUACCAACACGGUCUGGAUCGGUCUCUAGAACUGCUUCCGAGAGUUGGACCAGUAGAGUCAAAGCAAAUCCUGAAUUGUUUGAUGAUGUGUUCACAACCGUGAGCUCUUCCACCUUUCGGACACCAAGCCGAAGGCAAUCAAGUUUUGUAUUGAGAACCCCUCCCACAGAUCCCAGUACUGAAGCACCAUCUACAGCAGCUUCUCUUGAGAAGUUCGGACUUUCCAAGAUGUCUGAUCGGAAGCAGAAGGUGGCGCAGAAAGGAAGUGCGCCUACAUCACUAUUAAGAAAUCCAAGCGCAGAGAAGGAUGUGGACUUUGUACGAGCGUGCAGCCUUUCGAACACCAGUACCGCAGAAAUCAACCGAGAGGUUCGACCACCAUUAGGAAGCAGGAAUGAGAAUGUGACCCAUUUUUUAAGCAAGAACUUAGGCACGAACUCGAAUAUUUGUAAUAUAGAGAAGGGAGGAUUGGAGCAAUUGCGGGAUACGGAGCAGCAACAGAGAAUAGAGGCAAUAAAUGGAAUUCUUUAUCGUCUUAGCGCCGAGGCUAAGUCUGUUGCAGAGACCCUUGAUCGGCGCCGGGAGAACAUUGCAGCGGAGAGCAAAAAUCAGGCUGUUGUAACGUAUAAUGGUCGCAGCAGGUCGAGAGACUCCCAUGUAUAAAAGCAUUUUUGCAUAUCCUUAGAGUAUGUAGUGAGGCUGUGUCAAAAGUAUGACCUCAUUGUAGGGCACUACCAGGUAGACUUUAACCGAUCUCUGGUAAUGUUCCAAAAUUCACCUUCGCACCGCAUGACCCCCUCCGUCUUAUUACAGCUUUCUACAGUUUGAUGUACGACGUGUACAGUACAACUGGAGGUUAUAAAAGCCGCUUUUCUGCACAUUAUUAUGAACUUUCAA